AUGCACCACAAGUCAGCUCAAGUUAUACUCAGAGAAGCGGAGGAACUGGGAGAACUGGACUACAAGUUGGGGCUGACCCAGAGGAAGUGGGGGGCCUUCACAGCUCCUGCCUUCCUGUUACCAUCUACUAUGUUCCUCGUGCACCUUCCACUCGGCACAAACAGGCUACACUGCCUCCGAAACACAUCACUUGAAUCCUGCCUCUGCUCCUUUGUCCAUCUGAAUCACCCUCUCCACAUUUCCGACCCUGUAAUCCUGAUCUCACUUCAUGAGGCAGUUCGCUUCCCUUUUGCAUUUAGCUUUCCCCGGGGUACACUGUCAAUAGCCUACUGUGUGAUGUCAUCAGUCAGCACUUCAUCAGAGGCAAUUAUGUCUACAGAGCUUUUGGCUAAUUAUUGUCACUCCUCCUUACAUGUGUGCAUAUGCAUAUCAUCUUUCCCUAAUGAGACUGGAAAUAAUUAUUCAUUCCCUGGAGCAGUGGUUUCCAUAAAUGACCAACCCACAGACCAGUGCAAACUGGCUGCGAAAGAGCUUCCUCUGAGGAACUUAUUAGAAUGCAGAUGCUUGGACUGCAUGAGAGAGGAGGAUCUCAUAAAUCUGGGUGUAAUAGGCACAGAACAUUAGGUGUAAUAUGGGCGGGACUCUGGACUCAGCAUAUCCAACAAGCUGCUGGCUGAUUCCGAUGAUGCCGAUGAAUUGCCUGGUUGGGAACUGCUGCCUCCAGAGAACCUAGCAGAGAGCUCUGUACAUGGUAGGUGCUCACUCCCCUAUUGUUGGGGUGUAUGCCUCCUGAUAAUGAACUUGAUCAUAACAUUAUUGUUGUAUUAUGCCUGUAUUGUUUCCUUAAGUGAGGGAAGAAUGCUUUUGAGUACCUAACAGGUGGCAAGCUCUGUGUCUACUUACAUACAUGAUCUAUUCCUUUUAAUAACCUUUAGAAAUAAAGUGGAAUUUCCACUGGGCAUUAGAAAUCUGAAAACUUUCGUUUACAGCCGUUGCAACAGCAGAACUAGAAUUUGACCUCCGACAUAAUGGGCUCAAAGUCUAUGACCUUUCUGCUCACCAGAGGGCAUGAACUGCUGGUUUGUACCUGGCUUGCAGAUACCUUCUUUGGGCAGCACGAUGUUCAAAAUUAAAAAAAUUUACCAACACUUCUGAACUGGAUACUUUGUAUUAAUAUCUGGGUUUCUGGCUUCUCUUCAUGGGAAAAACAAAAAAAAAAAAAGGUUUGGUGAACACUGGAGCCCACAUUCCUGCAGGGCAACAGUCACAUGGAGCCUUUAGAUGGGCAUGUGCCAGAACACACUAGAGUCCCCAUCGUUCCCCAUUCUCUUACAUUCUAUUCCCAACUAGGUUCUUACAGGCCUGGGUUUGCGACUGUUGCACACUUAUCUACUCUCUUGCUUCCCACUGGUCAGGAAGUCUGGCAAACUUAAAAGCCCUCUUUUGGUUGCUCUCUCCUGUAUGGAUCUCUGAUCAUAGAGGUGUGUGCAUUUCUGACUUUGUGAUUUCAAUACUAAGGAAGCUGUUGGCACAUUAUCAAGGGACACUGGGAUCGCUGCUCCCCAACUUACACAUUCUGGUGUGUCCCAGUAAAAUUCUAUAUUCAGCCUCCAAACUAGCUGGGAGAAAUGUGGCAAAUCAUCUACUUGCUCCAAUUCA